UUGUUAUUACAGUCAUUGUAAACACAGCACAAGUGUAUUGGCUUUUAAAUUGUCGAUCAAUUGUUUGUAUCAUUCAUUCAAUUGACUGACUAACUGAUCGACGGCUACAAUGAAACACUGGACACGAAAUCAUUGAGUGACCAUUUUGUUGGUGGUGUCGGCUGUUAUUAUUGUCAAUGUUGUCUAUCGGUUGGCCGCCGUUGUUGACGGAAACAAUGGGACAAAUAUUGCGACUAAUGGCCCAACAAUUGCUUUACGGUGACUAUAAUUAUGUCAACUAUAACAGCAACUAUAAUCACCGCAUGAAUGAUAUCAUCGACAACUGCAACGACAACAAUGAUGACAAUUAUAGCAGUGAUGAUAAUCGCCGUAAACGACGCCAAGACGACAGUGAAACUAAUGCUAUACCUGAUCUGUCCGAAUGGCCGCCAGAGUUGAGUCUAACUGUACUGAAGAACCUGAACGCUACCGAUCUAUGUUUGGCCGCCUGUGUCUGGACCGAGUUGGCCACCGAUGAAGUUCUGUGGCAUUCGUUGUCCUGUUCACAAUGGGGUUACGCCUCCAUCUAUUUUAAGCCAAAAGCAGAUAACUUUUCCUACCGUCGGCUGUAUCUACAGUUAGACGAAGGCUCCAUCACAUUCAAUGCCGACUCACAAACUGGAAUCGAGUAUUUCAAUCGUCACGGAUUGGUGGACAACAACACGGCAGAGAUCGCGCAAUUCAUUCACGCGGCCAAACCAUUGGACAAACGACAGGUACGACUGUUUCUCAACUCGAGACCAGACAUAUUGGAUUAUUUGGUCAAUUUGGAGAACUUCGAGAACCAGUUCUUACCGAUUGCGUUGCGCCGUUUCUUCACCGUAUUGCAAGCGCCCAACAAACGUGACCACUAUUUGCAUCUAUUGGUCGACAAAUUUUCGCACCGCUUCUCCCAAUGCAAUCCCGAACUGGGACUCAGCGCCGACACUAUCUAUGUUUUGUGUUUUUCACUGAUCAUGUUGUCGGUAGACCUGUCGAGUCCACACAUCAAAAAUAAAAUGUCUAAACGAGAGUUCAUUAGGAAUGUCCGAAACGCCAUUCAUCGGGUCGAUGACGAACUAUAUGGCCAUCUCUACGAUGAUAUUUAUUUGAAAGGUCACAUCGCUAUCAAUGCCAACAAUUGAAGAUUUUUUUUUGUUUUUGUUUGGUUAGGCAUUGAUUUUUUUUUUAAUUAUUAAAAGGCAAUUGUUUUUUUACUUUGUUUG